CAAUUAUUAGCUCCUCUGUCUAAGCAAUCUGAACAAAUUAACUAGCGAAUUAAUUCUUUAUCAUCUUUCUUUCAUGAAGAAUCUCCCAGUUCUGAUCAUCACCUCUUUCUACUUCCUUUUUCUCUUAUAUAAUUGCAUCACCGCAGUUAACUCUGAUACACCUUCAAAUUUUCCGGUCGAUAACAUCACUCUGGAUUGUGGGUCCUUGUCCGACCACGACGCAGACGAUGGCCGAAAAUGGAUAAAAGAUGAACCUUCUAAGUUCGUUCAAACACAAGUUCAACGAGCUAACACUACUUAUUGCUCCACGGCCAAAUCCCUAACCAACUGGGCCCCAAAAGUCCCCUACUUCACCGCUCGUAUAUUUCGUUCUCCGUUUACUUACAGCUUUCCAGUCACCCCGGGUCCAAAAUUUGUCCGUUUGUACUUCUACCCGGCUCAGUACCAGGAUUUUGAUGCCUCUAAAGCUUACUUUCACGUCACAGCCGGUUCCUUCACCUUACUCAAAAACUUCAGUGCAAAUCUCGUUGCCAAAAGUUUGAACCAAGACUUUUUUAUGAGAGAGUUCUGCGUUAACGUCGUUCAGCCAAAUAAAAGAUUGGACAUAACGUUCGUUCCUCAGUCAUCUGCUGAUUACUCGUAUGCUUUUGUCAAUGGAAUCGAGAUCUUUUCGAUGCCGGCAGAUCUCUACUACGGCGCGCAAGAAGGAAUGACUCCGCCGAGCUUCGUCGGCCAUAGUAGCCAAUUUUUUGAUAUCACCGAAGAACUCGCACUCGAAACUAUUUGGCGAGUGAACAUGGGUGGGAGAUCCAUACCAGCAAACGAUGACACUGGCAUGUAUAGAAAGUGGUCUGAUCAAGGUAAUUCAAUCCUAGUGACUGAUAAUCAUCUCCCCUUUAAUCCAAGUCAUGUCACUAAGCCUCUCGAAUACUCGAAAAUAAGAAAGGACACUGCUCCUGCGGAGGUGUACCAGACUGCUCUCUCAAUGGGAAAUAGCACGGCGUACAACAUUCGCCACAAUUUUACUUGCUUAUUUCCCGUGGACAGAGGAUUCAACUAUCUGGUUAGGCUUCAUUUCUGUGAGUUUGAGGACUUGAUAACCAAAGUCGGCGAUAGGAGAUUCAGUAUCUAUAUCGGCAAUCAGAUGGCUCGGGAAUAUGUUGAUAUUAUUGAAUUUAGCGGAGGUAAUGGGAUUCCGAUUUUCCAAGACUACGUCAUUUAUAUUGACAAUAAGGAUAGUCUUUCCAUCGAUCUACACCCGAAUGAAAAUUCUCGAUAUCCUGAUACCAUCUUGAACGGGGUUGAAGUAUUCAAAAUCAGCAAAAGUGGCAAUCUUGCUGGACCAAACCCUGGCCAACAACAAGCGACGCCAUUUUUAAAUGCUGCCGAAAAAUCAACGAAGAAGAAGAAGAAAACGACCUUAUUCAUUGCCCUUGGGACUGGCACGGGCCUUCUCGUAAUCAUAGUAAGUUGGGUAGUUUUGUGGGCUGUAAGAAAGAAAAAAUUCUUUUACGAUUCCUACAAAGGAAAAUCCAACAGAUUAUCAAAAGCUUCGUCGCUGCCCGAAGAUAUCUGUCGUCGUUUCUCACUCUCCGAGAUCGAAACGGCGACCAACGACUUCGACGAUGAGUUGGUGAUCGGAAGGGGAGGAUUCGGCAACGUUUUCCGAGGGGUUAUUGACAUCGGGUCAACGGUUGCGGUCAAACGGUGUAAACGUGGUUCAGGACAAGGCGCGCGCGAGUUCGUCACGGAGAUUGAGAUGCUCUCUCAGCUUCGCUACCUCCAUCUAGUCUCCUUGAUUGGUUACUGCGACGACGACGGUGAGAUGAUCCUCGUCUAUGAAUACAUGGCAAACGGGACCCUCCGAGACCAUAUUUACGGGUCGGGCAAUGAUCCGCUUUCGUGGACGCGGAGGCUAGAAAUAUGUGUAGGAGCGGCGCGUGGACUAGACUACCUUCACGAAGGCGUGAGAAAUCCAAUCAUCCAUCGUGAUGUUAAGACCACGAAUAUUCUGUUGGAUGAUAACUGGGUCGCCAAGGUUUCUGAUUUCGGAUUAUCCAGAAUCGGUGUGAGCGACACUGCGGUGAAUACUCUGGUCAAAGGUACAUUUGGGUAUUUGGAUCCAGAAUACGCUCGGAGUCAACAGCUGACGGACAAGUCGGACGUGUAUUCUUUUGGAGUGGUAUUGUUUGAAGUCUUAUGUGCGCGAAAACCAGUAGAUGGGAAGCUGGAAGAUGACCAACGCAACUUAGCGUACUGGGCACUAAAAUGUAUAAGCGAAGGGACAGUUCAAAACAUCGUCGACCCAUUUCUGAUGGGGAAGAUUGCCCCAGAAUGUUUCAAGAAGUUCGUAGAGGUAGCACAGAGUUGUGUGCGUGAACAGAGGAUCCGCCGGCCCACCAUGCGUGAUGUGGUCGGAAAUUUGGAGUUUGCGUUGACGCUGCAAGAGCAUGCAGACGAAGCGAAUCGGGAGACAAAUCCCGGCGGUGUAUAUUCAUAUCCAGAGCUCUCGUUCCACGACUCCAACGACAGAAAUGUUUCCAGGUACGAAAUAUCAGGUUUGCAAAGUAGUACCAACGACUUAAGCUCGUUGGGUUCAAACGAAACUGGACUCAGCUUUCUCUCUGUGGAAAGAGAAAGUAACACAGCCAAUAAUAUGUUCUCGGAGUCCGCUACUUCGAGAUCCACUCAAUAAAGUAUGGCCAAAAAGAAUAGUUUUAGUUAAUUUGAAGUUUCUACUUAUUAUUUUACUUGUUGUAAUCGUAAGUUUGUGUGUGUCUGAAAUCUGUAUGAUAAUGAGAUUGUAAGUACUACCUAGUUUCAAGUUACUGCUACUGACUAUGUAAUUUUUCUAAGAUUGUAAUCUGUAUGCAUGAGAGCUCUGCAUGCACGUACUACCUAGUUUCAAGUUACUGAUUGUUUAAUUAUUUGUUUGCA